GAAAUUUAAUAUGGGGAUUGUCUGCACUUGGAUUCCAAGGGUUAACUACCAGAACACAGCACAACACACGGCAAGUCUGACAUAGACAUCUCUGCCGACCAUAAGCUCACCCGGAGCCCAGCAUGAGCCUCAGCUGCCACAGAGCAGAUGCCAUGGCAGGGGCAUCUGUGGAACCCCAGAGAGCCUGCCAGAGGGUCCCUGGCCUGCCAGCAUCUGGAGCAUCUGGAUCCCGCCUGCCAUUCUUAUCUGACCAGACGGAUACCACAGAACCCAAGGUACCAACACAUCAAGUCAAGACUGGAUACUGGUAACAGUAUGACCAAAUACAUUGAGAAGCUAGAAGAGAUUAAGAAAAAUUAUAGAUACAAGAAAGAUGAACUUUUCAAGAGACUAAAAGUUACCACAUUUGCCCAGCUGGUCAUUCAAGUUGCUUCCCUGUCAGAUCAAACCCUGGAAGUGACAGCUGAGGAGAUCCAAAGGCUGGAAGACAGCGAUCCUGCAGCUUCAGAGGCCGACACUGAAAUUGCUGCCACGACCAAUGGGAACGGGAGCCCUGGGGAGCAGCCGCCCAGUCCUGUCCAGUUCAUCAACAGCACAGGAGCAGGGGACUCCAGUCGCUCCACUCUCCAGAGCGUCAUCAGUGGCGUUGGGGAACUGGAUGUAGACAAAGGGCUAGUAAAAAAAGAAGAGCCCAGUGGUAAAGACAAGCCCUAUCCGGACUGCCCCUUCCUGCUGCUAGAUGUGCGUGACAGAGACUCUUAUCAGCAGUGCCACAUUGUUGGGGCUUACAGCUACCCAAUCGCAACUCUGUCGAGGACAAUGAACCCCUAUUCAAACGACAUUCUUGAGUAUAAAAAUGCUCAUGGCAAGAUCAUCGUCCUGUAUGAUGAGGAUGAGAGGCUGGCGAGCCAGGCGGCAACUACCAUGUGCGAACGCGGGUUUGAAAACCUCUUCAUGCUUUCUGGGGGUCUGAAAGUCCUAGCUCAGAAAUUCCCAGAAGGAUUGGUCACUGGUUCCCUGCCAGCCUCUUGCCAGCAGGCCCUCCCUCUUGGUUCUGCCCGGAAACGAUCCAGCCCCCAAAUGCCACCCCUGCCGGCUGAGAACAAGUGGAGAUUUACCCCAGAAGACUUAAAAAAGAUAGAAUGUUGUCUGCAAGCCGACCAGGGCCUGGCAGACAGUCACAGCCGAAUGAACCAGAAUAACUCCUCCGGAAGAGAUUUGAAGGGGCCGGCUGGCCGUAGUGGGCAGAACCUGACCCCGGGGUCUUCUGCUGGCCACUCCAAUCCCCGCACACUCAGCAGCGGCCACCUGCAAGGCAAACCCUGGAAGUGAAGACCUUGUGUCGUUUAGUCAAAUAAAUGUCCCCUCCUUUUGGAAUCCCCAGCACUCCCAACUUGGUCAUUUUCAGAACUGUUACAGAGAAAAGCCACACUCCUGGGCAGGCCAGGCUCCCGUCUCGGUCUGCGGCUCUCUCCCUUCGCUUCAGGAAGGAUUUUGACAGAUUGACCACAAAAACCAGAGGCUUGACAGGCUCUAGUGUCCUCCCUAUUGUUUACAGGGUAGUCACGUCUUUUGAAAGUGAAUAGCAAAAAAGAAAGAUGCUUCUCUUUUAAAUAAGGUCCAGCCUGUUUGGUCUGUAACCAGUGUUGUUUUGUAAAUAAUUCGUCACAUCUGCUGGUGUGUUCUUCCCAGACAGCCUUUUUCAUUCACUGUUAAUUUCAUGAAAGAUUUCUCCAGGUGGGCCUGGCACGAGCUGCUGUCCCCAGGGGUGCAGAUGAGUUUGGGUCCCUGCAGCCCACAGGCCCCUCACUGGGUCAGGUGGCUGGCUGAGUCACUUAGCCUGUGCUCUGCAGGCUCUGCUGGGAGUUUGAGGCUGAGGGGUCUGUGAGCAUGGCUCCACCUUACUGGGUUAACAGAGAGGCUCCAUGCAAAAGUGACCCCUUGUUAAAUGGUCCCUGAGACCAGAAGGGUGUGUGCUUAGCUGUGCACACACUGGAAGGAGGGCCUGGUACAGGAAGGUCCCCAGCACCAUACAGGUCUGUGCUGAGAGCCAUGGAAGGCCACCGCAGCUGUCUCCUCCAUAGUGAGUUUAUAUCAAUUAAAAUUUCCCGUUGCCUAAUUUGAGUCCAGCUGUGUUAGAUGGAUAGCAAUCACAGUCACUUGAGAGCCUCAGCUUCACUCGGGCAAGGGGAGCGCACAGGUGAGGAGGACCCCAGUCCUUUGUCAGGGCUGGCAACCCUUAAGCCCUUGCUUAAAAAUACAGUAUUAGUCUAAUUGAGUAAUUAGUGCAAUUUCCUGCUCGCUUUUCAUUCUCACGACUGAGCUGUGAUUAGGAGGCUGUGAUUAUAGAUUCUGGUUUUGGCCGGAAUUUUGAAUUGGCAUUAAUUGAAUUGCUAGAUGACUGACAUCCAUUCUAUUUAAUUGGGGGAACAAAAGACCUCAGGUAAGGAUGAGGCGAAUGAAGUCACGGGAAGGAAGAGCCCUGUUCAUUUUUAUGGUCUGUGAUCGGAGCUGUGAUAAGGGACUAAGGAAUAAAUUGUGCUCUUUGUCAUGGCAACCAGCUUCUGAAAAGCCAACUGAAAAUUGCCUAUCCUUAGGUGGUUACUGCUGCCGGGUAAGAUUCGCCUUAACAGUACUAUUUUCUCACCACUGAAAAAAAAAAAAAAAAAAAAAAAAAGGAAAAAGAAAAAGGCCCACAGUAUUUCUAGAAUGAGGGCUGUGUUUGUAAGAGAAAUAAACGUAAUAAAUAUCUCAUGGAGACAUAUGGAAAAAUAACUCAGUCAACCCAGCUCUGUUUCAAAAUGUGUUUAUCCUUCUCUACUUGAUUUCCAAAGUGCAACAUUUUCCAACGUUUUAGAAAUCAAGCAAACCAGGGACAUUGUUCAGAUGUCAAGCCGUGCCCAAUUUUCCACAAGAUUCGAGAAUCUUGUAUAAAAUUCAGCCAACGUACACAUAGCUUUAAUGAGAAGCCUGUCAUGUUUCCCCAUAAAUUUAUUGCCUGAGAACUUAGUUCAGCCUUUUGCUAAUGCCAAAAUGCACUGGCUUUUUAUUUUCUUUACAGCAUAGAUAGAAAAAUGUAGAUUUUUCCACAUUUGACUUUCCCCUAGCAUGGACAAGAUUCUCAGUCAUCUUUGACACAUAUACAUUCCCAAGGAAAGUAUUUUCCUUAGUAGCAAAGCUCUGGUUUGCCACUUUAACAUGGGCUAGGCAGGAGGUCAGACCUCACUCACCCAGUUCUACCUUGAAAGAAAAGGGCUCCUUUCCUCUCUUCCCCCCUCCCCUGCAUUCCCGCCACUGGAUGGUAGUGUUAGAGAUAGCUGUGCAAAGCCGAGCUGACCAAAGCUGCUAGAACUGCUGUGUGCUUUGUGGUGUGCUCUAGCAGGCUGAACGUAUUUCCAUGUGCUUCUCCACAGCACUUUGCCCUGUCUGUCAGCAAAGAUGUCAGGCUUCCAAGAGACCGAUCUGAUCCCGCACUCAGCGCUAGUCUCUGACGCUGUUGCUUAACCAACGUUCCACUUUACCAGUUUCUUCAUUAGAUUAUUUGACAUGUAUUAUUUAAAUGAUCAGUGAUACUUUGUGCAAUUAUGAAUGUUGAAGAUUAAAGAACGUAGUUACUAAUUUGUCGUUUGCUAUUAAUGUGCUGAAACCUGCCAACUUCUCUCUUCCUCUCUGUCAGAAUGAUUUGGGGGAGCCCCAGGAGACUGGAGUGAUUUGAAAGCGUACCUCUUUUUUACUGCAUUUCCCAGAAAGGCGUAUGCUUUUUGCAUCAAUGAAUCUGGAAAUCAUUCCAGUUUAGAGUAAGAGACCAUAGCUUUCUAGUCUGGAGGCCUGUGUUUUUCCUGGAACUCAGGCAGGGACAGAUUGCUACCUUGGAUGACUGUCUCAUGGCUUUCAGGCCAUUGUGUUGAGGACUGACUUGGUCCCCUGGCUGGAGCUUUGUGCAGUGAGGAAAGAGCUUUGUGAUGUAUGAUGGCCUUAGUGCUACCCACCGUCUCAAAGAGGAUAUGUAUUUAAGAAAGAGAGGCCAUUAAGGGGUACUUAUUUAAGGGGCCAGACAGGAAGGAAGCCCAGAAACAAAGGAGGGAGAUAGAAGAGAGGCAGGAAGUGGCGGGAGAGAGAGGAAGGCAAAAGCUACAGUAUUCAGUGAAAAACAGAACUUCCUGGGCUGUAACGUCAGGCUGGGUCUAUUGAAAUCUGCAGAAUGAGUAAAUAGCCUAAAAGUAAUUUUCUUUUCUCUCCGUGGUGGAAAGCCAGAGCCAGCCGUCAUAUUGGACUUGAUGUAAACAGGAAUUAGAAUAAAUAAUGUUUGUUAGUUGCUCAGGGAGUUUUUCCUGUGGUGCUAUUUAAAUUAUACAGAACUUAAGACAUUAAGCUACUCACAAGCAAACAGAACAAAACAAAACCCCUCUUCUCUAAUUCCCUUGUGGGGUAUAAGUUGUCGGAAUCCUGGGCUGGAAGAAAUAUGUCAGUGAUUUUUCUUGCUGGUUUUCAUUCCUGCCAGGUUGUUUACUGGUUAUAGAAGCUGUCUUUUAUGUUGCCUGACAUGUUUAGGGGAAUAAAUAAUUUCAGUCCACCUGGACAUAAAUCUA